GCCUCAUCCUGAGACCAGGAGCUCAGCAGCGGGACACGGUGAGAGUGGACCAUGCCUGGCCUUUCCCCACACACCCCGUAGUGCCGAGGAGAGACUCGUCCAAGCCACACUGGAGAACCUCGAGCAGGUCCUCAAGCACAUGCGUGAGGCUGCUGGGCGGCGGCAGCAACUGGAGUUGGAGCAUGAACAAGCCCUGGCUGUCCUCAACGCGAAGCAGCAGGAGAUCGACCUUCUGCAGAAGGCUCAGGUUGAAGCUAAGAAAGAGCAUGAAGGUGCCGUGCAGCUGCUAGAGCGCACCUUGGACAGCCUACAGAACAAGGUGCGGGAGCUGGAGGAGCGAUGCCGGGCGCAGAGUGAGCAGUUCAGCCUGCUGUCGCGGGACCUGGAGAAGUUUCGGCAGCAGGCAGGGAGGGUCGACCUGCUGGCCAGCAGCCCCACGGCCUCCGGCAAGCCUUUCCCUCAGUUCAUGAACGGAUUCGCUACUUCCCUUGGCACAGGGCCCGAAAGCAUCCUGGGGAGUCACACUGUGCUCGGUGAGUGUGCCCGGCCACUCCUGCUGCCCGUCCCUGGGGGCAGCCCGGAGCCCCUGCCUGCCACACCCGCCUUCCCGCACAGCCCACGAUGCAGACCUGAGCCAGGCAUGGACAAUGACGAGAACUCCGGCCCCUCCAGGCAGAGAUACUCGGGGAAGGCACGCCUCUGUGUUGCCCGCUACAGCUAUAACCCCUUUGAUGGGCCCAAUGAGAACCCAGAAGCAGAACUUCCCCUCGCAGCAGGGAAAUACCUCUACGUCUACGGAGACAUGGAUGAGGACGGGUUCUAUGAAGGUGAGCUGCUGGAUGGGCAGCGGGGCCUGGUGCCCUCCAACUUUGUGGACUUUGUCCAGGACAGUGAGACUCGACUGGCCAACACUCUGGCCGGCGAGCCCGAGCAGAACUUCAUCAACCAUUCCAGCCUGGAUCUGCACUCCCCCACGCUCCUCGAGCCCAGCCUCCCUGACAGCGGCACGCUGGACACCAGCCUCGCCGACCUCGGAGAAGACGCCGUGCCUUACCCUCGGAAAAUCACCCUCAUCAAGCAGCUCGCCAAAAGUGUUAUUGUGGGCUGGGAGCCGCCAGCCGUGCCGCCGGGCUGGGGCGCCGUGAGCGGCUACAUGGUGCUGGUGGACCAGGAGCCGCGGCUGAGCCUGGCGCUGGGCAGCAGGACCAAGGCCCUGGUGGAGAAGCUCAGUGUGGCGGCCUGUACUCACCGCGUGUCCGUGCAGUGCGUGACCAGCAGGGGGCGCUCCGACCAGCUGCAGUGCACCCUGCUGGUGGGCAAGGAUGUGGUGGUGGCGCCCUCCCACCUGCGUGUGGACAACAUCACCCAGGUCUCGGCUCAGCUCUCCUGGGUGCCCACCAAUAGCAACUACAGCCACGCCAUCUUCCUCAACGAGGAGGAGCUGGGGGUGGUGCAGGCUGCCAGGUACAAGUACCAGCUGGUCAACCUCAGGCCCAGCACGGCCUACACAGUGAAGGUGCUGGCCCGGCCCCACCAGGUGCCCUGGCAGCUACCCCUGGAGCAGCGAGAGAAGAAGGAGGCGGCCGUGGAGUUCUGCACGCUGCCCGCAGGGCCUCCUGCCCCUCCCCAAGAUGUCACCGUCCAAGCUGGGCCCACCCCCACCAGCGUCCUGGUUUCCUGGAGGCCGCCGGCUCUGAGUGCCACUGGCCUGUCCAAUGGAGCUGAUGUGACCGGCUACGGUGUAUACGCAAAGGGCCAGCGGGUGGCUGAGCUCAUGGCGCCCACGGCGGGCAGCAUGGCUGUGGAGCUGCUGCGGCUGCGGGGCCUGGACGCCAAGGUCGUGAGCGUGCGCACGCUGUCCACACAGGGCGAGUCAGAGGACUCGGCCCCCGCCGCCAUCCCCCCCGACCUCCUGGUGCCUCCCCCCGCACAUCCGAGAGCUGCUCCCCCACCGCAGCCGUCAUCAGGUGCCAUGGGAGUCCCCAACACCAAAGACGAGCACCCAGGGCCCCAGGCCAGGGUGGGCGGGGCCUGGGAGCCGAGCCGGGCCCCCGCCCCCGCACACGGACACAUGCUGGAGCCGCCUGGUCCCGGGAGAAGGUCGCCCUCGCCCAGCCGGAUCCUCCCGCAGCCGCAGGGUGUCCCCGUGUCCUCCUCCGUGGCCAAGGCCAUGGCCCGGGAAGCCGCACAGAGGGUAGCCGAGAGCAGCAGGCUAGAGAAACGGAGCCUGUUCCUAGACAGGGGUGCUGGGCGCUACGCCAACUCAGAUGAGGAGGAUGCCUUUGAGUCCCCUGGCACCCAGCGGAGGGCUGUGAGCGUGGACGAGUUCCUGAAAGGCUCUGAGCUGGGCAAGCAGCCACACUGCUGCCACGGAGAUGAUCACCACACUGAGAGCAGCCGGGGCUCCGACCUUUCGGACAUCAUGGAGGAGGAUGAGGAGGAGCUGUACUCGGAGAUGCAGCUGGAGGAGGGCGGCCGGCGGCGGCCCAGCGGCACCUCCCACAGCGCCCUCAAGGACGGCACUCCCCUGGACCAGCCCGAGUGCCCCCCACAGGCCCAGCACUGUGCCAUGCUGUCGAGCAUCCCCGAGGUGGCCGAGGAGGACGUGGAACAGCGGGAGGCCUGGCGCCCACGGGGUGCUGGCACUCGGUCCAGGCCCUGCUGGGGGGGUGCAGCUGCCCGGGGUGCCAGGCCCCUGGCCAGGCCCCGCGCCCCCGGGCCCCACGCCGAGGACUGCCCGCUGGAGGACUGGGGUGGCCGCUGCAGCCGCUUGGCCACCCGGAGCCCAGACAGUGGCUUGGACUGCGGGAGUGAAGAGGAGGAGCCUCGGGUCCGUGUCAGGAGGCAGCCCCAGGCCCUGCGGGCAGCGUCCCCAGCCCCUGCUGGCCCAUGGCAGCCCGGGCCCUGCCCCUGCCGGCACUGCCUCAGGCCCCUGCUGGCCCGGCGGCGCACACUGACCCGGCAGAACAGUGUGGAGGGGGACUUUGGGGAGCUUGUGGACCCCCGUGAUGGCAUCUGGAGCGAUGAGCCCCCGCCGAGCCCCGAGAGGUCCGGGAAGGCCUGCUGGGAGCAGCUCCCGGGGCAGGAGUGUCCGGCGGCCUGGAGGAGUGGCCCGGCGCCGUCCGCCCCCCGGGACCCCGCGCAGCUGCCCGCCCGGGCUGCAGGAGGUCCCUGGAUCCUCGGGACCCCGAUGGCUGCGGGACGGGCCGACAGAGCAGAACAUGGGGGCCGGACGCUUCCCCGCGGCAGUGCAGGCCCCCAGCGGGCACGACCAGGGAAGGGGCCGGCCAUCGAUGACUCCAGUGGGCGGGACCUGCUCUCCCCAGACUUCUAUGAGGGGUCGGAGACUGACCCCGGGGCCGAGGAGCUCCCUGCGCGUGUCUUCGUGGCUCUGUUCGACUACGACCCCCUCACCAUGUCCCCGAACCCGGACGCUGCGGAGGAGGAGCUUCCCUUCAAGGAGGGGCAGAUUAUCAAGGUCUACGGUGACAAAGAUGCUGAUGGCUUCUACCGCGGGGAGACCUGUGCGCGCCUCGGCCUCAUUCCCUGCAACAUGGUGUCGGAGAUCCAGGCCGACGAUGAGGAGAUGAUGGCCCAGCUGCUCCGACAGGGCUUCCUGCCACUCAGCACGCCCGUGGGCAAGCCGGAGAGAAGCAGAGGCGGCCGGAGGCCCUCGGUCUCCACGCGGAGGAUGGUGGCCUUGUACGACUAUGACCCCCGGGAAAGCUCACCCAACGUGGACGUGGAGGCCGAGCUGACGUUCUGCACUGGGGACAUCAUCACUGUGUUCGGGGAGAUCGAUGAGGAUGGCUUCUACUACGGGGAGCUUAAUGGGCAGAAAGGCCUUGUACCUUCCAACUUCCUUGAAGAGGUGCCUGAUGAUGUGGAGGUCUAUCUUUCGGACGCGCCAUCCCACUACUCACAGGACACGCCCUUGCGACCAAAGGCCAAAAGGAAGAAGAGUGUUCAUUUCACACCUUAAUCAGGCAAUGUAGCCUCCACGUAAGUGAGCAACUGAAGAUACCUGUAAAGAUACCGGCCUAAGCUGCCUUAGAUGGACUAAUGUGGUAGACUUGAGGGUCACUGUGGGGCGAAAAAGAAAUAUGUCUCAAAACUAUCACUGGAUCUAAAUUAUUAGAUUUUACUUGACCUCAGUUGUAAAGCAACUGAAUUGUAGCCAAAUAGUGUUUAACAAUCUCUUCCUAUUCACAUUGAGACUAUUUGAAAGGCCGUCAUUGGGAACAUAUUUCUUAGCAGGCUGUUCGUUCAGAGAGUGUUCUGAUGUCCACUCGUAAUGGGAGCUGCGUAUUGCAUUGUUAGCCACUCCUGGGCAAAGCACAACCUACCAGAUGUUUACUGUAGCAAUUCUGCUUGCAAAACCAGAACUCAAGACCCAGAGCUGAGUAGUGAGAGUGGGUGAUGGGGCCGUCUCUGACCCCUCACAUGCUGGCCUCAAUACCAAGUGAACUUUUCUCACGACCCCAAACUGUCUCAGGAGCUUAUGCUUCUCCUCAAAGCACAAAUGUGUGUUCUGUGCCUGCAGGCAUUCGGGGAGACAGGCCUGUUGGCGUACCAAUGCAAUGCCAGGUCUUACGAGACGCAGCUCAUGAUUGCUUAGACGGAGCGAUGGUAUCUUCAGGUGUCCUUUGGGAUGCUUUGCUAGGGGUUUUCCAUGAGAAUGAGACCUUGAUUUUAAAUCCAAGCAAGCUUGAAGCCCCUUGGCUUAGUCACUUGCCUGCUGAGUGAUGAACACUCGCAUUAGGAAGAGGGAAGGGGGAGAGGACACGUGCUGUCCUCAGGCGUGUGGCCUUUGGCCGUCCAGCAGCACUGCUGACUCAGCCCCCCUCAGAAACGUGACCGGGAGCAAGGAAAGCAAACCAGAAGGGCCUUUAAGCUUUCUUUGAUUGUAAUUAAGGUUCAUUUUAGUUUUUUUUCUUUCAACCAGUGUGCCAUCUGCAGUGUUUCUUUAGAAUACUAACCCACGAAUGCACUAUCAGGCUUUUCUAUACCCACAUAGUUUUCAAGUACAACAGAAUUCCCUUCCAGAACUUUUGACGGUUACUGAUGGGCACUCGGCCAAUUCCACUGUCAACCUAAUUGAAUCCUUUUCCAAGUUCCUGGCCUGAACUGACAAAUUGUCCCCUAGCUCUGCUUUGUCAAAGCAGCAAGCCCCUACCCUGCCCUUCCCCUGCAGCCAAGUGGGGCCCUGGUGUGGAUGGCGAGCCCCUCUCUGACAUGGUGGGAGAGGGGUGUGUGCUCAUGGCAUACGUCGACGCUUGAAAGAAGAAACAAGCCCUUGGCCUCCCUGGAGGGGGGUGGGCAGCAGGGGGCGGCCGAGUCGGUGGGCGCCACUGGUGUCGCGCUCUCACACUGUCACCAUGUGCCUACUAGGUUCCUCCUGAGGGUUCAGGGACAGCAAGGAGCGCGCCAUCCCCCACAGUCCAUCUCCAUUCGGGGUCACCUACGUCAUCUUUGGGUACUGGUAGUCCCGGGCGAGGCAGGGAAAUGUCCUCGAGAAAGAAAAAGGGGCUGCU